AUGAAUGUGUGUGAUAAUCUUGGUGACCAUUUAGUCGGAAACGUUUAUAUAAAAUUCAGACGUGAAGAAGAUGCUGAAAAAGCUGUUCAAGAUUUGAACGAACGUUGGUUUGGUGGAAGACCAGUUCAUGCUGAACUUUCUCCUGUCACAGAUUUUCGUGAAGCAUGUUGUCGUCAGUAUGAACUAGGAGAAUGUACAAGGGGUGGUUUCUGCAACUUCAUGCAUUUGAAGCCUAUUUCCAGAGAACUUUGUCGUAAGUUAUACAAUCGGAGCAAGAAACGUUAUGGAAGAAGACGUCGAUCACGUUCUCAUUCAACAUCCAAGAGUCGACGUCGUCGUUCAAGAUCAGCCGGUCGUGUGUCAAGGCGUUAG